UUAAUUGGUAUAUCGUAAAAUGGCUUCGACAAUUUCUGUUCUCUGACUGAGCUGGUAAUAGGUCUAAAAUGUAUUUUCCAAUUGGAUGGCCGAAAUAUCUUCAAUUACCUAACGAAGAUGAGGAUCCCGUGCAGUGUAUCAUCGCUAACCGGGAAAGGACACUAUUUGCUGUCGUAACAUUGCAAGCGGUGCAUCUUUGGCAGUGCAAGCCAUGUGUACUGAUUGUGAGCUAUCGACGCUCUGAUGACUCGGUGGUGGUCCUGGGAACAAACUGUGAGGCAGAAUGGAAACCAGACUCAAGUGUCAUCGCAGUGGCUACAUCUGGUGGCCACCUGUUAUUAUUAAAGGUUAUAUCAGAGAGCAAUCAGAGACUGUAUGGAACCAAGCAAUCUGGUUCAUUUCAUUACAAGAGGGAUGUGACAGAGGCAGACACAAUUGCAGUGCCAAGGCUUAAGAUUACCUUUGGUGCUACAUUCCAAGUUACUGGAGGUGUUGCAUGCCUGUGCUGUCUGAAGGAUGAGAUGCUAGUAGCUACAUGUCAAGGAUUAUUACGACGUAUCACAUGGGAAGGUAUAGGAAGGAGUCAUCUGGAUGUCUCUAUCAGGACUGUACCGUUCUCGCUUGACCUGCAGCAAUCCAGAGAGUCCUUACUGGAUGAUCCCAGCAUACAUUUCAAGCAGCUGAAGUACAGUGUCUUACUAGGAGGGUUCGCUGUGGUUCUCUCCGAUGGAAGAGCUGCUUUCCUCACCUCAGAGAGUGCCAAGUUCUCACCUAAGGGUGUACAUGCGGUAUGGGCGCCAGAUGUCUCUAAUGCUACAUGUGUCGCCAUCAAUCAUAAAUUCAGGCUCAUCGUAUUUGGAUUAGCAAAUGGUCAGGGCAUAGUGUUUGCCGUGGAUGAAAUCACAGGAGCGCUCCUUGUUUCUCACAGACUUACUCUCUCUACCAGUGAUUUCCCAGAGGGCUGCCAAGCAGCUGGAGCUGUGACGUCGUUACGAUGGACACCAGAGGGCAGUGCACUGAUCUUGUCAUGGCUGAAGGGUGGUUUCUCGCUAUGGAGCACCUUCGGAGCUUUACUUAUGUGUACUCUAGGAGGGGAUUUCUGCCCUGAUCCCUCCAGAUCAAAGAUACUGAGGAUACAGUCAAUGGAAUGGGGACCAGAAGGCUACAACCUGUGGGCCACCAAGAAAUCAUUGGAUGAUAAACAGUCACAUGACGAGUCACCUGAUACCAAAGGAAACCUCAUUCAACUCUCAUUUGUAAAGAGUGCCAUUGCAAUGAACCCUUGUAUGGCUAAUUGCGAGCAUCUUCUGCUUCAAGGAGAGAGGCACAUCUAUUUGAGCUGUGAAGGGACGGUAGUGAAGGCAACAAGUCAACCAGACCUUACUGCUGACCUACCAAAUCCACCUGUUAUCAAUGGUACAAGUACAGGGAAUGCAGCAUGUAGUAGUAACAUCCUAGCUGGAAACAAACAAUGGCAUUGUAUACAGAUACCUCAGAAUUACUUGGACAGUAAUUGGCCUAUCAAGCAUGCUAGCGUUGACAGGACAGGUCACUACAUAGCAGUGGCAGGUCGGUAUGGACUGGCACACUGCUCUCCUUCGGGUAAGAGAUGGAAGAUCUUUGGCAACGUGACCCAGGAGAGAGACAUAUCUGUGACCGGUGGGUUGUGCUGGUGGAAAGACUUCAUCAUCGCUGCCUGCUUCAAUCACUAUGAAAGCAGAGAGGAGAUCCGGGUAUAUCCUCGUGCAAGCAAUCUUGACAAUGCCUUUGCCUUCACUGUCAAGGUUCCAUUUCAAGUACUGCUGUUGAAUGUGUUCAAAGACCUACUCAUAGUCUUCUGUGCAGACUAUCAUAUAUCACUCUUUAGCUGCGAGAGAAAGGAAGGUCCAUCAAGUUCUACUGCAACUCUAACCAGGAUACAGGACCUUUCACUCGCCAACUUUGUUCCUCAUCCGUCCUCUCUCAUCUCACUUACUCUCACAUCUCUCAGGUCGGAAUCAGUGUCUCCCAAAUCGUUCAAUCAGAGCAGUGAGGCUGAGAGUCUGAUCAUCAAUGUCGCUGGUCGUGUAUUGAUGCUACAGAGAGAUCGCUCUAAGGCACCCUCACCCACCAACGAUUAUCAUGACAGGAGGAAAAGCAAAGAUGCUGAGAUUCCUUUCGUUGCGCCCAUCAUCCUUGCCUCAUCAGUAGAAAGCAUGUGGACCACAUCCCGGUCUAGCGCCAGCAAACCUCAUCUCGUGGAAGCACUCUGGCUGGGAUGCGGAGCUGCAGGCAUGAAGGUGUGGUUACCACUGUUUCCAGACCGAUCAGAGAAGUUACAUCACAGCUUUCUAUCCAAACGUAUCAUGCUGCCAUUCAAGCUCAGGAUAUAUCCUCUAGCUGUGUUAUUUGAGGAUGCAGUAGUCCUUGGUGCAGCCAAUGACAUGCUGUCAUUUGAACCCAUGACCCCUAGUGUAGAACGCACUCGUCGAUGCCCAAGCUUGCCAUUCACAACAUUAGAAAGAACUACACAAAUCUAUCUUCAUCAUUUAUUGAGACAGUUGCUGAGGAGAAAUCUUGGGAUGCAUGCCCUCCAGAUAGCCCGUAGCUGUAUGUCUCUACCUUACUUCUCCCACGUCCUAGAACUCAUGCUUCAUGAAGUCUUAGAGGAAGAGGCUACUGCUUCAGAACCCAUACCAGAUGCCUUAUUACCAAGGGUCGUAGCCUUCAUCCAGGAGUUUCCUCAGUAUUUAGAGACAGUGGUACAUUGUGCCAGGAAGACUGAGAUAGCAUUGUGGCCCUACCUCUUCGCUUCAGUCGGCAAUCCUCAAGACUUGUUUGAGGAAUGUUUGAAGACUGAUAACCUUCAGACAGCAGCAUCGUAUCUCAUCAUCCUUCAGAACCUGGAGUCAGUCAAAGCAAGCAGACAUCAUGCCACUAUGCUUUUGGAUGCAGCUCUAGAGCACGGUGAAUGGUCGCUAUGUCGGGAUCUGCUCAGGUUCCUACGCUCCAUCGGUUCAGGGGAACUUGAUUCACCAAGGCCCCCGCCCCCUCUUGCCAAUCACCACAUGUUCCCCCUGGGUGUGGGGAUGGGUACGCCAGCGAGUGUGACCAAGCCCAGGGGUAGGCAUUCCAGUCAUAGCAACAAGCCAGGGAGCACGACAGACAGGCAAGCUGACCAGAACACUACGGAGAAGAGGAAUUCUACCCUUUCAAGGCAGAGCAGUAUGACCGAUUCCGGUUUAGAUGAGUACUACAUCGAGACCAUUCUAGCAAGACAUGCUAGGAAGCUGCUGGCAGCUUACAGGUUAAAGGAGUUAGGGGUCAUGACUGGUUAUCUAGACUUCAAACUCACAUCAUGGCUUCUUAGAGAAAGGAUGAGAGUAGCUCGAGUGGACAGCUUUGUUGAUGCCUUGAAGAGACUUCAUUCUGAUUUCAACUGGCCUCUCCCUGUCAUUGAAAGCCCCUCAUCUACAAAGAGCUUGCAAAAAAUAUCUCCUCCGACUCGUGCCCUGAAUGGUAUGCAUCCCCAUACGGAUUCCCCUUCCUCACCCGUGGACCUCAUUCCUACCACCAAGUUUGCAGGGGUGAGCAGUAUGCCCCCCAAACCAGCCACGCCCACCCCCAUAGCGCCGGUGGUAAACAGACACACCAACGGUAGUCACCCUGCUGGUGGGCUGACCCUCAAGCUCUCCAGGACUCAGAGCAUGCUGUCUGAGAGCACUGGCAGUGAUACCAGGACAGAGGAGGCCGUACUCAAACACCCAUCUGCUAAAGGUUCUGAUGAAACCAGCAUUGGGACUACAGAAGCCUCUGAGGGUAGUCUGCUAGGAGAAGGAGACAACAACCUUGAAGAUAGCUUCUGGUCAAACAACGUCACAGUAGAUGAGCUAGAACAAUUCUUCAAGGAAGUCAUUCAGCAUGGACCAAAACAAUCAGAAAAAGAACUCAGGUAUCUUUUAAAGAUAGUCUUAGACGCCAGCUGCCUGGAGUGGGGUCUUCUCAUAUCCAUCAUCCUCAGGGACAGAUCAUCAUUGAGUCAGGUGGUCAACAUAGCUAGCCUUGGGGAAAUCCCCAUGGAUGUCAUUGCACGCAUGAGGGAGGGACUCUCAUUCCUGGAGCUCUGGGCUGAUACAGAAUGCCCUGGUUACAAGCCCCUCCUCCAUGCCAUGAAGCCUCAGGCGAGUGUCCUUGCUGAGGUGGUAGAGAGAGCACCGUCACCAACCCGGUCCAGGUCCUCGUCUGCCUCUGAACACUCACUAAACGAGUCCAAGAAGCACAGCUCCAGAGGGGGAAGCAUGGGAGAACCUGAGCCCUGUGAGGAUGAGGUGUUUGAGGAGGAGGAGGAAGAGGUUGAGAAGGAGGAGUCAGCUUGUGCUAUAUCAUGACCCAGGCAUGGAUGAACGGGAUGGAUGGAUGAUGCAAGGAAAGCCAUUCCAACGACAGAUCCUCAGGAUGCGAAGAACAAGUAUUCAUGGCCUGUUUGGAGAGAAGGUGUAGUCGCAAGGAUGCACAGGCUCAGGAGGGGUACCUUUACUAGGGUAUAUACAACAACUCAUCGGUGAAAGACUCACCCAUGCUGCAGCGAUGGUACAUGUGUCAUGGGAUGUACAACGAGAAGGACUUUCAUGUCUUGUGAACUUCUAGUCAAGCAUGGACAGGGAUAGAAGACAAGAUGGAUACCUGAUAAGUGAAAGACUUAACUAGAUGCUGAGCUGCAGAAGGAGAAGGACACAUGAGUCUUGUGAAUUCCGUUCAAGGAGAGAUAGAGUCUCAUUGUAUGGAAAGAUGACAGGAUUAGGCAGAAAAUGGUGUCUGUUUUCAUGACGAACAUCAACUUAUCUCAAUCAUGACUGUUUGUCAUAGAAGAACUGAGAUGGCUAAUUGAAAGGGUACUUCAAGGAGUGAGACUGAUGUUAAUACAUGAUGUAGGUUUGGUGAAAGAAAUAUGAUCUUCAAAUGUUGUCUGGUGGCCGUUUACACUCGGUUGUAUUCAUGAGGAAGAAGAACUCGAUACCCCAACUCAAUGCAAAUUAUCGGUGAUAAUUACAAAGGUUGAUCUUACUUGAUGCAAAGGACCAAAAUAUGCAGAACCUUUGGAGCAAACUUCCAAUUCCAUUGUGUGAAAAUCCAAACAGUUAUUGUACAGCACAAGACUGGUGGAGUAUUUAUAUGAAAUGACAUAUACUGUAGAUUUAUUUAUCAUUGUGGCGUUAUAAAACACAUUGCAUGGAGCUGUCUUGUCAUCUAUACUUGGUGUAAAAUGUGAGCAUUUCCUGACAGAUAGAAUUGAGUUCUGGUCAUGCAAUUGCGUUGUAAAAAGAAAUUGUUUUGAAGCAAAUGAAAGAGGUUGAUUUUGUAGCACAAAUAAUUCGUUUAUACUGUGUGGUCUUGGGAAUUAUCAGAAUGAUGAGAAAUUUACUCAUUUUUGGUGAAAGUCAUGUACACUGUACACAGAAAUGUGUAUAUGACUACACAAAGAUGUGGCAUGAAACUUUGGUUCAAGCAUUUCAGCUAUUUCUUACAUUUCAAAUAUGAUGGGAUUUGAAAAACCAUCCUUUUCAAUGGCUUUUUCUAUGUUAUUCUUAUAACAGAGACAUAAACAGAAUGGAAAAAUCACAAAAUAAUUUUCACCUUUCCCAGAACUCAACCUUCUCUUAAAUUGCAGUCAUUAUGUAAUAUAUUCUAAGUGACAACAAAGAUGAGGAGUGAUGUUGCUUCCAAAUGUAAUAAAUGUCUCACCAUUCAAUACAGGGUACUAGAAUUUCAUCAAGGGUAUUUUCAAAGGGGUUUUCUGUCUGCCUUUGCCUACUGUCUUCUUGUCUAUUUAUGGUUAGUAGGUGCAUACAUAUAUUAUUGGAGCUUGAAACAGCCAACUUGUUUUGAGUGUCUUCUUCUUGAUCACGCAAUAUCAUGAAGCUGUAUCUUAACAAUUAAAUGAUAAUGUAUCAUUUGUUUGUGGAUAGCCAGCCCAUAAUGCCAGUUUUGAAAACCUGCAAUAACAGUUAAUUUCCAAGAAACAUAUUCAAAGGAAAAUAUUUUGUAGGGAAGAAUAUUUUUUCUUUGGUUAUCACCCCUAAGAUUUGACUCUUCUGUUAUUAGGCCAGUAAAUCAGUCUGGUCAAGAUUGCUUUUUCUUUUUCUUCUUAUUUUUUCUGUAUUGCUUUGGUAGAUAAAGAAAGAUUUUUUAACCACACCCACAAUUAACAACCUGUAUGGAUCAAGUGAAAACAGACACAAAUACCAUCAACAAUUAUAUGACCUUAUACACCCUGAAGCAUGCACAUUUACAAAUUGUAUUGUUUUCAAUUAAUCGUAACUUGCAAUGAAUAGUAGCUUUUGAUUAAUUUAAUUUUGCAGAUAAAUGUAAUGCAUGAUAAGAUGCAAUGAUUUUCAUCAAGAUGGGAUAUCAAAUAGAUUUUUAUGAUAGAUUGUAAGUUGAUGUUUUUAUAUGACAGGGCAGAGGGCAGUUUUUUCUAUGUAGAGCUUUAUAUUCAGGCAGUGGUUCAAAUCGUUGGUUCAGACAAGGUUAGUUUGAUACAAGGCUGAAUGAAACACAGUAUCAUUAUGGUUGGAAGGAUAUCAUAUGGAUGCCUUGAUAAGUACAUAUACGUAGUGCACAUUAAGGAGGUCUUGAACAUUUUUUUGCAUUUCAGUCCAUGGUGGUUUUCAGGAAGUUAGUAUGGAUGUUGUGAUUACAAUUUGUAAAGGUGUUGUGGUCUAGUGGAUAAUAUCAAUACUUUGGUUGGAUUGGUAUGUGUGCUCUUGUGAAAUAGCACCUGGCCUAAAUACUCCCCAGAGAGUGGAGCUAGCACAAUCAUUUGCAGAUUAGCCGUUGAAUCCAAUGACCAUGGUAAUAAAGUACUUACGAACAUAUACUAUACAAAUGUCACUAUUAUUUAUGCAUUAUCAAAGAAAUCUAAAUCUGUAUUAUUUCCAAAUCACAAUGUAUUUCAAAUGAAUCACACCUUAGAAUGGUACCGUAAAUAGAUUUUUUUUUCGCGAUCAUUGGUAGAGAAAAGGAAAGAAACAUAAUGAACCUGUAUUUGACAAGAGAAGUGUUUCAAAUGUAAAAAAAUUUACACAUUCCUGUGUUUUCAUCCUGUUGACUGUAUUGUACGGGUUAGUUCUUGUAAACUUUCGUGGGAGUUUGUUCAUGCUUCAGUUGCCAACCUCGCCCCUCCGCUUGGUCACUCUUUUUCCAACUGCAAUUCUGCUCAAAAUAAUAAGCACCAAUUAACGGAAGGAUUGCCUUCUGCAAUACAAUGGCUUUACAAAAUUUGGCCUUCAUUAGCUCCAUGAUGACCCUUUAAAAGCAGGUAUUGAUGAAUCUUGCACUGAAAACAUUUUAAUAAUCUUGAAGCCUUUUUAUAUAUCUGUCCCGUGAUAAAUACAAUUUGGCACAGGGAGAUUGGUUGUGUUGCAUAUAAAUAGUUAAAGGCAUACCUGUGAGUGCAGUGCUUCUUGAAGUCUUUAUGCAAAUUGUCUAUGUUAAUGGUGUGCUCAGACCAAGUUUGCUUUAACAAUGCAUUUCCUUGCAAUACAUGGCUUCGAGGCUAGUGCUAGUCUAGUGUUCAUCAAUAGUAAGUUACAGUACAGUAAUCCUGAGAGAACUCCAACUAACCAUGGUUAAUUCAUGGGCUACAUCAACAUCAAUUAUGUGUUUUCGUUAGAUGAAAUUACUCAAAGAAUGAUAUCUCAUGUGGAAAAAUAGUUCAAUCCUUUUUCUACGCUCAGUUUGUUGUUGUACUGAGUAAUGCCAUACAGUUGGUGCACCUUAUAGUAUUGCUGCUUAAGUCUGCCCAUGAAUUUGGACAUCUUGUUUGGUACCUAGUUGAUUUAAAGUCUUGAUAUGCACAGGGUUUACACGUCUUUUUUAAUAUCUAAUUUGCACCUAUAUUUCCUUCUAACAUGCCUAUUUAAUACACCUGUAUACGUGUACUGUAGCACACUGAUAAAACCCCAAGAUGCAUGUAUGUGAUGCGUAAAUGAUUUUCAUGUCAACUAUAUUGAGCGCCGCUAGAUGUGUUAUAUGUAUCGCUGUGAGCCAAGUCUUAUUAAGUACAUUAAAUGAUAGCAAUGUAUAGUAUUUUCAAUAUUUUUCAUUAUAGAAAAUAAAUUAUAAUAUAUACAUGUAUAGGAAUGAAGUGGUUAGAAUCAUGUUGUAUUAGAAGUUCACAUUGACAUUAGCAGUUGUAAUGUACAUGUGUUGUAUUAUGGUACCAUGUUAGCUCCAUUAUAUAAACUCAUCUGUCCUUCGACGUCCCAAACUAAGGUGCUACCUGUUGUCAAAGUAUCUCUCAAUGUUCCCUCACAAAGUGGACAUACCGGUAUGUAUUUUGUGUAUGAAGCACGGAGCAUUGAUUAUAUAUUGUAAAUAUAUUGGUGUAAAAAGUGUACAAAAAGGCAUAUUAUGACCAUGAUGAAAAUAAAAGAUUUUUUACUUAACUUGCCAUACAAAA